AUGAACAGUGCUGAAGAGGGUGUUGCUUCGGCUGUACCCGACCAUAUCAAUUCCUAUGGAACAAUGUCCGUUGAGCAGAUGCAUAAACCACCCACCUCCGGGCCAGACUUGAAGUCCUUCCUCGCGGAUCCUACACCACUUGGUAUUAUGGGUUUCAUUGUUGCCUUAACUCCGUUUACCUGUGAAUUGAUGGAGUUUCGAGGUGCUUUUGGAACUGGAGCUGCAACUGUGGGCUCCCAGUACUUUUUCGGAGGAUUAAUUUUAAUUAUUGCUUCCGUACUCCAGUUUCUCCUGGGCAACACCUUCGUCUUUGUUGUUUUCGCAUCUUUCGCGGCGUUUUGGCUUUCCUAUGCUACGACAUUGACGCCCUUUUAUAAUGCUGCCGCCGCAUAUGAUCCGACUAACCCCGAAAAUCCGGGAUUCUAUAAUGCAUAUGGCUUCUUUACGCUUUUCAUGGGUCUGCUCUGCUUUAUAUAUCUCAUUUGCAGCCUCCGAACGAAUCUGUGCUUUGUCGCCAUAUUCCUUGGGCUCGUACUUGGAUUCUGCCUUCUCACGGGUACAUUAUGGCAAUUGGCGAAUGGAAACUUGGGUUUGGCUCGAGCAUUGAAGAAGGCUGCUGGUGCUUGCCUGGCUUUGGGGUCGUUGCCUGGCUGGUACUUCCUCUUUGUGCAGUUGCUAGCAACGGUUGACUUUCCGUUGACAUUGCCAAUUGGAGACCUCAGUCGUAUCAUUCCAGCUGCGAGUGAGCGGAAGAAGACAAAUUGA